CGGGAGUGGUCAAAAUAUCCGCAUUUGCGGCUGGUAAGUGGACUUGCUCUCUACUUUAGCUUUCCCAUAGUGUAUACCGGAUAACAGCAAAGAAAGACACCAAACACAUUAACGAGGAAGUUCUGGUGUUGGUUUCCAUUAGUGUAGUAGCAGUGGACAGUGUCCAAAUCCAAAGAUGGCUACUGGAAAGAGUAAGAACCAGAGCUCUCUGGUGCUGCACAAGGUGAUCAUGGUGGGAAGUGGAGGUGUUGGGAAGUCAGCCCUCACUCUGCAGUUCAUGUAUGACGAGUUUGUGGAGGAUUACGAGCCCACCAAGGCAGACAGCUACAGGAAGAAGGUGGUGCUGGAUGGAGAGGAGGUCCAGAUCGACAUCCUGGACACAGCUGGACAGGAGGACUAUGCUGCCAUCAGAGACAACUACUUCAGGAGCGGAGAGGGCUUCCUGCUAGUCUUCUCCAUCACCGAACAUGAGUCGUUCACUGCCACCUCAGAGUUCAGGGAGCAGAUUAUGCGGGUGAAAGCAGAGAACGAUACCAUCCCUCUGUUGGUGGUGGGGAACAAGUCGGAUCUGGAGGACCGCAGGCAGGUGUCGUUGGACGAGGUCCGGGCCAAGGCAGAGGAGUGGGGGGUGCAGUACGUGGAGACCUCAGCCAAGACACGAGCCAAUGUCGACAAGGUGUUCUUUGAUCUUAUGAGGGAGGUGCGAAAAAAGAAAAUGUCAGAGAGCAAGGAUAAGGGUGGAAAAGAAGGCAAGAUCAAGAAGGCUUUCAAAUGUUGUCUGCUUUGAUCUAGACCAGACCUUUCAGUCAGACACACAGAGCCAAACCAGACUAGAGCCUCCGCAGCACAGUGGCAUUAGACAGGGACAUGUUCAUUAGGACAUACUGUAGCAAAAUGUUUCAAACCUUUCUUAUUGGACAAUAUAUUACGUCUCCCUUUGGAACAUUUUCUUCAGUUUCUUGCCUACUGAACACAAACCAGAUCUACAGAUCCUUCCCACUGAACUGAGCCUUCUGCCAUUUUAACACACAUCAAAUCCAUACACAGUACCUCUCACAUUGUGGCAGUCAGAGGGGUGGCCUAACCUAUGUUAGUUAUGCAAACCAUCCUUUGUGCCACUGCUGGGGACGGGUCCAGAGGGAACUGUUUAGAUGAAGUGCCUCAACAUUGAUCGUGAAUAUAUAGGUUAUGAUCACAGACAAUCACUCACUCGCACACUACUUAAAUAUGGCCUUGGUUUGAUGCUCACUUGUAGGAGUAGGUAGCCUCAUCACCAAGAGAAAUUGGCUAUGCUGUUUGAUGUCUUACUGUUUGCACUGCAAUCAAUUUUAUAUUCCUACUUCCACUACUACACUACUUUUAAAAAUGUAUUUAUGGUCUACCGCAUGAAAAUCAGUCAGAUAAUUAAGUCACCUUAUUCAUAAUCCAACAUAUUGUCCACAUGUACAAUCCAACAUAUACUAUAUCCACAUCGUGUAUAUAAUACCAGUCAAAAGUUUGGACACACCUACUCAUUCAAGGUUUUUAUUUUAUUUGACUAUUUUCUACAUUGCAGAAUAAUAGUGAAGACAUCAAAACUAUGAAAUGACACACAUGGAAUCAUCUAGUG